AUGAAAGCUUUACUAUUUGUUUUUCUAAUACUUGUUAUUGCUUCACAUAGCCUGUGUGCUAGAAUAAUACCUAAAGCAGAUUAUGAAGGCUCUACUUUUGAUGUUUCUAAAUAUGGUGCUAUUGGAGAUGGCAAUACUGAUGAUUCAGAAGCUUUUGUAAAAGCAUGGCAAGAUGUGUGUGCGAGUCAAGAUAAUGCAACACUUAUCAUAUCAAAGGACAAAACAUUCUUCUUACAACCUUUAAAAUUUCAAGGUCCAUGCAAAUCCACAACAAUUAAAGUUGAGCUUGGAGGAACUAUAAUUGCUCCAAAAAACAUUGAGGAUUGGAAAUGGACAGAAGAUAAAGUGACAGGAUGGAUUCGAUUCGAGGACAUAAAUGGUCUUAUUGUUAAUGGGGGAGGACAAAUUAAUGGCCAAGGUGCUCCAUGGUGGAAAGAGUAUCCUGAUGAUGAAAGUAAAAGGCCUUCUGGUAUUAAGUUUAUUCGGUGUGAAGGACUUACAAUUAGCAACUUGACUCAUUCUGAUAGUCCAAAAAAUCAUAUGAGUAUAACUUCAUGUAAAGAGGUUUCUAUAUCCAAUCUUAAAAUGAUUGCACGAGAAGAUAGUCCUAACACCGAUGGGAUUGAUAUUGCAAAUUCAACCAAUGUCAUCAUUAAGGAUUCAACAAUAACAACAGGUGAUGAUUGUGUUGCCAUUAACACGGGCUCUUCCUUUAUCAACGUAAUUGGUGUUUUAUGUGGACCUGGUCAUGGCAUCAGUAUUGGCAGUCUCGGAAAAAAUGGAGAAUAUGCUAAAGUAGAAGAUAUAUACGUUAAAAAUUGCACAUUUACGAAAACUUCAAAUGGAGCUAGAAUCAAGACAUGGGAGGGAGGAAAUGGAUAUGCGAAGAAUAUCACAUAUGAAGAUAUUGAAUUUAUCGAAGUCAAGAAUCCUAUAAUUAUUGACCAGAGUUAUAACCCUAAAAUAUAUGACGAUGUUGACAAAGGUGUGGCAGUGACUGAUGUUACUUUUCGCAAUCUACAUGGAACUUCGACCAAAGAUCCAAUCCAACUAAAAUGUGAACCUACCAUUAGCUGCAUCAACAUUGUACUAGAUAAUAUCAAUAUUACUCGCAUUGAUGAAGAAAAAAAUACAUAUGUCGUAUACUAA